CAGUCAUGUGAUACGUGCUGCCUGCUCUCCCGUCACAGGGUACAUUAUUUUGGCACACAACUGAAGUUGACUUAAGUUUAAGGUUUUCUGCUUUUACAAACUCCUGUUCUGUAAAAACAAUGGCGGAUCAGAAGUUUGCCAUCGCCAUGUCUCUAAUUACCCUGUUUUGGGUUGUUGUUGGAGGAGUUGUGCCCUGGUUUAUCCCCAAAGGACCGAACAGAGGAGUUAUUGUCACAAUGCUGGUGCUAACUGCAGUCUGCUGUUACCUCUUCUGGUUGAUAGCAAUUCUGGCUCAACUGAACCCGCUUUUUGGGCCGUCCCUCUCCACUGACAUCAUCUGGUACCUAAACUACGCCUGGAAAUAACUUGCCUUUCAAGGACUCCUUACCUUUUUCUCCCAGCAUCGAUGGACUGGAUACUGAUGCGAUCCCCUCCAGACCGUUCCUCAGCUCAUCUAAAACCCAGAACCCUGUGCCUUUAGUUUUGGAGAGAAGCCCACAUGGUUGCCUUGUUAAAAAUGAUCUUCAAAGAUUUAAGAGAUAUUGAUUCUGAAUUUAAAUUAAAGCAGCCUUCACUUGCUGUGGUGUUUAUAUGUUGUGUACAUUGUGUGUAAUAUGAGUGUAAAUUACAGUUAAUUAAAUUGUUUUGAGGUUGACAUGA